CGCAGAAGGAAAGAAAUCUGCUGCAAAUCUUCACGCUGAAAGGAAACGAAUAUGAUUCAACCCUGAUUCCUCGCUCCAGUAGCCGAUUCUUAGCCUCCUAUGCGCGAAGCACUGACCUCUUCCAUCGUCCAACGCUUCUCCUUCUCCAAAAAAGCACCGUACUGUACAUCUUCAUUGAAGGAAAUUUGCACCUAAUGAAGGAAAGUCAACAUCCACUGAUUCUUCGCGGAUUCUUCAAGUCAAUAUUGAGAUCUACAUCGUCAAAUUCAAUUUAUUUUGUGUCAAUUCAAUAAUCAGGUUUGUUUCCAAAUAUCAGAUUCAAAUCUCAUUCAAUUCAUAACUUAGUGAAUUCGUGGAUUCGAGGCUCUUAAAAUCCUUACUUAUUUGAUAUGGACUCAUUUCAUUGUCCCACACCGGUUAUAUGAGGGACUUGGUGAUGAAUUUAUAUAGCCGAGGGUUCUCCCACCUUAUCAGCUAGCUUUUAGGGUGUGGCUCUCCCUUGUGCUGUAUCAAUGGUAUCAGAGCCAACUCGGAGUGGUGGCCUACGGAGUGGUGGCCCACGUAGUGGUGGCCUGGUGAAACCAGCCGUGACCAACGUGGUCGUGACCAAUGUAGCCGUGACCAACGAGGACGUUGGGCCUUAUGGGGGCGCUGAAGGUGUGGAAUUGUGGAGGGCUUUGUGUUUCCGCGUUUGGGUGGGCGAUCUUGUGUUCGAAUCCAGCUUUCCACACAUCCCACUUCUGCACCAGAUCUCCAGAGUCCAGACCUAAAAUUGGAAGUUGAGACUGACCAGUGACCAUACGCUCGCAAAAGGCCGACUACAAACCUCUGCCGACCGCCGAUUGCUGACUGCCGCUUGGAAGUUGGAACCGACGAUGGCGACAAGAACCCCCCCAAGGCCCCAAUUACUCGAACAACCAGGUUUUUUCUCUUAUAUCUAAUUAUCUAAAUUGGAUAUUUUUAUUUUAUUUGUAAAUUGUGAUAAUUUUAAUUAAUUUUUACAAAUUUA